AUGGCUUUGGCUUACAAGAUCAACAUUGUGGACGAUUCUCAUUCGCACCUGUCUCCCACCAUAUUCCAGAAUCUCUCCGUAAAAGAGGUGCCAAUCCCGGAACCUGGACCUGGCUCCGUCCUGGUUCGAAUCCGCGCGGCCGCUCUCAAUUUCCGCGACCUCUUGUGUGUUGCAGAUUCGCCCCUCUAUCCCGUACAUACGGUUCCCGGACUUGUACCUUGUUCUGACGGCGCCGGCGAGAUCGUCAAAGCAGGUUCGGGCAGCCAAUGGCAGGAUAAUGUUGGAGCUGCGGUGAUCGUGGUACCCCAGGGAGACUGGCUUGACGGUGACGUGAGUGUGCUCCGUGCGGAUAAAGUUCUGGGCGCAGGAGACAACAAUGGGACCUUGUCACAGUAUAUGGCCGUCCCGGAUGCGUGCAUUGUGCCUGCACCAAAGAACCUCUCCGUUGAAGAGGCAGCAGCACUGGUUUCCACAGCCGGGACCGCGAUCAAUGUCUUGCAAAGCAUACCCAUCAAAAAAGGCACAACGGUAGUGACUCAGGGCACAGGCGGUGUGAGCUGUGCCGUCAUUCAGUAUGCAGCUGCCCUGGGAGCGCGGGUCAUCGCAACAUCCUCGACGUCUGAAAAGCUUCAAAUUGCAAAAGUAUUGGGCGCAUCGGAGUUGAUCAACUAUCGGACAACUCCCGAUUGGGCUGAUGAGGUGCUGCGCCUCACUGAUGGAAAGGGCGCCGAUCUAGUGUGCGAUGUGGCGGGUUGGGGCACACUUGAAGCAUCAGUGAAAGCUUUGAAGCUGGGAGGAACAGCAUGCGUGGUAGGCAUGCUGACACCGCCGCAACCAGUCGAGCUCUUGAUGCCACUCAUUCUUGGGGCCAAGACACUACGAGGCAUCCUCGUCUACAGCAAGGCCAUGCUUGAAAAGGCCGUCAAGCUGGCCGAGGAGCACGACUUGCACCCCCACAUCGAGGAGGUCUUUGCAUGGGAGGAUGCGCCCAAGGCUUUCGAGCGGCUUAGAAAGCAAGGCUUUGUGGGCAAGGUUGUUGUCCGUGUCUGA